UUGACUGGAUUCAUAGCUCCAGCUGUUCCACCAGCUAUUCCAUCUUCUUUCACAACGAACUUUACUGAUGUGCAUUUUCGAGAACAGUUGACUAGUAACUCAAAUUACACCGUUCUUCCAUACGCAAGAGCAGUGUAUCCAUUUACAGCAGAGUUUCCAAAUGAGCUUAGUCUCAACGUUGAUGACAUUGUCACGCUGACGAAGAGGAUUGAUAAGGAUUGGCUUGAAGGAAGUGUGAAUGGCAAGACAGGCAUUUUUCCUCAAUCAUUUGUUCAAAUUGUCGUCGAUCUUCCUGGUGACAGUGCUCAUGAAACAGAUAACAGGAGACACAGCGCAGCAGAAGAGGGUAUCGGGUUUGCCACUGUCCGACAUGAUUUCACUGCUAGGCAGAAUGAUGAACUCACUGUCAAAAUGGGCGAUUCCGUUAGAAUCUUGAAAAUGGUGAAUACAGAUUGGGUUUCAUGCAAGGAUCCCAACACGGAUACUUCUGGCAUAGUGCCAGUAGCCUUUCUUGAGAUGUAUCUAGAUGAAGAUGAGGAAGACCGUGAUGGCUCAGCGGCGCACCCUCGCCCUGGUAGUGUGAGUGAUCACAGCUUCUCCACUCUUGCCAGUGGAUCAUUCAAUCCGCAAACUAUCCCAGAUUGGCGCACUUCAACGAGACUUGAGGAGCCGCCGCCGCCUUUCUCUAGUGCUCAGACACAUGAGUGGGCUACAUUUGGGGAUGAAUGGAAUAGCACAACUGAAAAGAAGCCACCGCCUGCAAGGCCACCUCCACCGAAGACUACAACAAUGUCACCAUCGGAAAUGAUUUCUGUGACAGACAUGUUUGGUAUGGCCGAAAAACAGAAUGCUCCUGUGAUUAGCGCGAACGUUUCCAACUCAAAUUUGAAUCAAGAUGAAAAACGAGCCAAAGUUCUUGAGGAACUUAUAAAUACUGAAUUGCAGUUCAUAACUGAUAUCAACGCAUACACCGAGGUUUUAGUGAAGCCAACUGAACAGCAGAUGAUUGGAGAAUGUUUCCUUCGACUUCGUAAAUCAUUUGGGAAUACUUAUGGCUAUUAUUUUCGUAAUAUCGACCACAUCAACUCCUUACUUAUGGCAUCGAAAACUGACCCUAAAAUUGAGACCGCGCUUCGUGAACUGGUAGUCAGAAUGCGUGCAAGUGGUGCUGGUGUAUUUGAUGCGUCUACUGCUGUUAGCCGUCCAGUUCAGCGCUGCGUCAAAUAUCCUCUAUUCUUGAGUGAAAUUGCGAAGGCUGAGUUUCGCAAGUUUAGCAACUAA